GGUGGCAGCAUGUCGAAGCGAAAGCAGGAGGGCAGAAGACCGUAGAAGAAGAGCAGGAGUAAACAUGUCACAGGAAAAGAGCAUGGCGGUGCAAGAGUUCCUUAGGCAAGCAGAGCUCAUAAAACAAGGAGCAGAAGCUCGGGUGUACCGGGCACAGUUCCUGGGUAAGCCGACUAUUGUGAAACAAAGGUUUCCGAAGCGCUACAGACACCCGGUGCUGGACGAGAAGCUGACCCACCGCAGGACGGUCCAGGAGGUCCGCUCCAUUCUGCGCUGCCGCAGAGCGGGCAUCUCUGCGCCUGUGGUCUACUUUGUGGACUACACUUCGCACAGUAUUUUCUUGGAAGAAAUUGUGGGUUCUUCGACAGUGCGCGACCACAUCGCCUCCACUGACGGCAGUGAGGACCUGGGCUGGCUGGCUGAGAGGGUGGGACAGAUCCUGGCCCAAAUGCACGACGAAGACGUCGUCCACGGGGACCUGACCACCUCCAACAUGCUGCUGAGACACGGCCUGGCGGACGGGGAGUCUGAGCUGUUCCUCAUAGACUUCGGCCUGAGCUACAUCUCCGCCCUGCCGGAGGACAAAGGGGUGGACUUGUAUGUGCUGGAGAAGGCCUUCCUGAGCACCCACCCGAACACAGAGGCUCUGUUCGAGAGGCUGCUGAAGAGCUACGCCGGCGCCUCCAACAAGUCCUCGGCCGUCUUCAAAAAGCUGGAUGAGGUUCGGUUGAGAGGGAGAAAGAGGUCCAUGGUGGGAUGAUGAUGAUGAUCAUCAUCAUCACUGCUGUUUUCCAGGACAAGUAUCUCCUGAAAAAGACGUUAUGAUAACAAUUGUUUUGAAAAGUGUAAUAGUUUACUACUUGUUAUGGAAGGCCGAUAUAAUAAAGAUGGAAUUUGUAUUGA